CACGGGCUGUGGUUGGUCUGGCGGACGCAAGAAAAAAAAAAAAUCACGGGUCGUCUUGGCGGAAAUCCAGCCGAAGCUGGCCAACCCAGGCGUCCUUGCAUCCAUCCUGCAUCCAUCCUGCACCACCCAGGCAUCCCGCAUACCACAUCGGUCCGCUCGCCCGCACCCAGCAUGCCAAGGACCCGGACGACCUUUUCGAAUGCAUUGCAGGAUGACUCGGACUCGGAGGACCUGCUUGCCAAGGCUGCAGUGGCUCUGAAACAGCGGCAACUUGACUCGCAAGAAGGAAACCCCACCAAGCCCGAUUCAAAAGCGCUCUCUGCUCUAAGAACCAUCAAGCUGGACGCCGGCAUGUCCAGUCUCAGAGAAAAGUACCUGGUUGAUGAAAAGCGACGGCCUGCCAAACUGAAUCCCAAUGCAGUUGUCGUGACUGAAGAAAGUGAGGCCAGCAAACACAAGCCCCAGUAUGCUUCGACUCUGGAGAAGGUCCAGCCAGUCGAUCGUCUGGUAAUCCAGUCUCAGUCGCCGUCGGUGCUUCCAGUGCUGGACCUAGACACAAAGACAAAGAAGAAACAAGCCCAGAAGGAGAAGGAGGAAACCAUGGGGCCGGGCUGGUUCGGCAUGAAGAACACCGAGCUGACACCCGAGGUCAAGCGGGAUCUGCUGCUCAUCAAGUCGAGGAACGUCCUUGAUCCCAAGAAGCAUUUCAAAAGAGACACCAGAAAGGGUCUGCCGAAGCACUUCCAGGUCGGAACGGUGAUUGCUGGAGCAGCCGAUUUCUACUCUGGACGUCUCGCACGCAAGGAGCGACACGAAUCUAUCACUGGCGAGAUUAUGGCCGAUCUUGACAAGAAAAAGUACUUCAAACGAAAGUUCCUGGAGAUCCAAGAGAAGAAGCAGGAAGGCACUCGCAAGGCCUACAAGAAGAAGGUUCAGAAAAACGUGCCGGUGUGGAGACGAAAGUAACCCUGCCCUGAUAAUGACCAGUUCGGGUGCACCCUCCAAUGGCUCCGCCGUCGUCGCGAUCUGGAUUGACAACUUAUUUUGGGAUCGCUGCCAUCCGAACCACGGCCGAUAUGUCAUGCAUCAGUGAAAGAACACGCAGGAGCGCAGAGGUCCAAGCAAAUGGUU